CAAGGGGGCAGGGUUUUGAGAGAGCAACACAACGUGGGACAGUCAGGGAGAGGCUCAUACAGAGAGAGAGAGAGAGAGAUGAGGGGUUAGGAGUCGCUAGUUCACAAGAUAAUCAGAGACAGGCCACUGAUUCAGAGCUUGGUGCACAGCUGGUGUGAUGGGUGAAGGGGCUGCAGGCGAACACUGAGUGGACAGACUGUGACAAUGUGCAACGAGUGUGGGAUUUAAUGUACUGGAGAAUAUAAUCUACUCAAGUAUCAAGCAGGAAAUACUGCAGGUGGAAGCCAAGUUUUUGAAUUGCAAACCAGAGGGGAAGACAGAACAGCCAUGGAUGCUGCUUUAAAGUACAUUUGGAGAUAACUAACGUGAGGACGGGUGUGGAUGUCUGACACCACUGGACAAGGCAGCUAAAGAAGAGCUGUUUAUUUCAUGUUUUACUACUGAUAUUUUCUGAUUAAUGCAACAACUUGGUAACCUUUAGCAUAUCAUUUUGUGCAGAUCAUCCUUCUCAUUCUUGCAGCUUUAUUUUUUUCCCCAGAAGUGAAUAUAUAAACCUAAUAGAUUUUUUAGCAAAAAUGGAAACCACCUGGUACUUUAUUUAUUGUGCUUAGUACAAGAGGAAAGGUUUAGAAUAUAAAAGGCAAACACCAGUUUCUCUUGAAAGUGAUCAGUCAGUAGAAACUUGAUACAACUACAUGUUUGUGCAAAUGACACCAUUAUGGAGUCUCGACGUGAGCAAAAUGAAGUGGAUUCCAGACUCGUAGACCUGUUACAUCCUGCCAGGUUGGCAGCCCUGACGAGGUGUUUGAACCAUGUGGUCCACUGAGAGCAUGGAGCCGGAGAAAGCACACACCCAGAGCAGCUUCUUCAACAAGGUGGAUGUGCCUGACCAUGCUCACUACAUUAUCGCUUUAUUUGUCUUUGUCAUCGGGACUCUGGGCAUCACUGGGAACGCCCUGGUCAUGUUUGCCAUCUACAGCAACAAGAAGCUCCGUAACCUGCCGAACUACUUCAUCAUGAACCUGGCGGCCAGUGACUUCCUCAUGGCCUUCACACAGUCCCCCAUCUUCUUUAUCAACUGCCUCUACAAGGAGUGGGUGUUCGGAGAGAUGGGCUGUAAGAUGUAUGCAUUCUGUGGAGCCCUGUUUGGCAUCGCCUCCAUGAUAAACCUGCUGGCCAUCUCCAUCGACCGCUAUCUGGUCAUCACCAAGCCCUUGCAGACCAUCCACUGGAGCUCCAAACGCAGAACUAGUCUUGCCAUCCUCAUGGUGUGGCUCUACUCUCUGGCUUGGAGUCUGGCUCCUCUAAUUGGCUGGAGCUCCUACAUCCCCGAGGGCUUGAUGACAUCUUGCACGUGGGAUUAUGUUACAUACACAACAGCCAACAGAAGCUACACAAUGAUGCUGUGCUGUUUCGUCUUCUUUAUUCCACUGGGAAUCAUCUUUUACUGCUAUCUCCUAAUGUUUCUGUCCAUAAGGAAGACCAGCAGGGAGGUAGAACGUCUGGGGACUCAGGUGAGGAAAUCUACUCUCAUCCAGCAGAAGUCCAUCAGGAGUGAAUGGAAACUGGCAAAGAUUGCUUUUGUCGUCAUUGUGGUCUAUGUCCUCUCUUGGUCACCUUAUGCCUGUGUUACACUGAUUUCCUGGGCUGGCCAUUCCAACAUCUUGUCACCAUACUCCAAGGCUGUUCCUGCAAUCAUAGCGAAAGCCUCUGCCAUUUACAACCCUAUUAUCUACGCCAUCAUACACAACAAGUACAGGAUGACUCUGGCAGAGAAGUUCCCCUGCCUGUGGUUUCUGUCUCCGACUCCACGAAAGGAGUGCAUCUCCUACUCCAUCAGCGAGUCGUCCUUCAGAGACUCCAUCAUUAGUCGACAAUCCACAGCAUCAAGGGCUCACAUUAUUACUACCUCCUCCAGCCCUUCUGAUACGGUUUUGAGGGAUGUGGAGAUGAAGCCUCUGGGCAAGAAGUCAGGGGAUUCCUUCAGAAGCAUUUCAUCAAACAGACAGUCUUGCAGAAGCAGGUCCUAUAAAAAACAGUUAGAGCGCAAAAUAAUCACGACCCCGAAAGGAGACAAGCAUCCACCCACCAUGAGUGAACCAUUGAGCACCUGUGACCCUGAACCAGUUUCAGGCUCUCUGACCAUCGCCACUCUUCCCCUGCUAGUUCUUACCAGGCGGCGCAGCCAGAGUCUGACCAAUGAGAUAUCAGAUGGAUGCAGCAAGAAAGACAACACCUGCAAUAAGCUGAACUGCCACAAGAGCGACUCUGUUGAUUGCCUGAAUUUUGGAAAACUCCCGUCCUCUGAUCCCAGACCGCCUCAGGAUGUUCCUCGUAUAAUCGUCAUCAGUCCCACCUCUGAGAGCAGCCUCAUCAAACAAGACAGCGUGUGCUUAGAAGAGAGUAUCGAGGCAAUGGAGAACAACUUUGUCAGCCGAAGCUUCUCAUCGGAAGUCUUUGAGGCGGUAGAGCUACUCUCUUGACAUUGCUGGACACUCAUUUCCAUUAAAUCUACAUUAUUUAUUUUAAUUCCAGACACACUACACUCUUCUCUACAGGCCCACACUUGUGCUGGCUAUGGACAGAGCACUCAUCUGUUUUUAAACUCAGCCUGUAAAUCAAUGUUUUGCCACUCUGUUACUCAGAAAAGUGGUGUGCAGAAGAGAAGCUGGUAUGGCAAAUGAAACGAUAGAACCUGGUUCCGGUAUGCAGUGUUUGUCAGGCUCUGGCCCAGACACGGGCACCCUAAGGGGCAGCAUGGGUUGCUGUGUGCUUUUGUUAGAUCCCUCAAAAAUGACAGGUGUAACAACAUAUUUUCAUGAGCUUAGGGCUCAAGCUUGACAGGCUGGAUUCUAAGUUUAGCUCUGAAGUUGAUGCCCGUGAAACUGUGAUGUAAAGUUUUGAGCUGAAAUUAUUCAAUUGAAGUUCUUUUAGGAUUCAAUAUGAAUUCUUUUGAAGAAAGGGCAUUUGCUUCUGAAAUUAGGCGGGGGAAGAUAGCUCCUUCAGACUACACAACAUAUGUAAAAAUGUUACACAACUGACAACAUGACAGCACAUCAAAAACGCUGAUAACAUGCCCACUCUGGAAAAGGAACUGAUACUACCAAAAAAAUAAAACUGAUGUUCACUGAUGUGAGUGCCAUAAUCACAAAGAAACUGACAGAACAAAGCAAGCAAAGCAAUAAAUAUGUAUUCAUUUUUGUCUUGUGAUACUAUUUCCUUUAGGCAGUAUGGACCUCGCCAAGUUUUCUCUGGCAGUGAGACGGAGGUGUAAUGAAAAAGUGAAGUUGUCUAUGCUGGUCAAAGACUGAAGCAGGAUCAAAUGCGUCUCAUAAAACACUGACAUGUCUCUGUGGUGACUUGUGUUGCUAAAUAUAUGAAGCCACAGGGAUUAAUGUGACGUGAAUCAGUUCAACUGUGAUACUUGUACGUUUUUUUUAAAAACAUGAUGAUGGAAACAUAGUCAAGUUGGAAAAACGUUUUGGCACAUUUUUAUCUGUCUGAGAAAAUCCUGAAUUGCAUUUAACGACAACCGUAAAACACUUUAUUAAUAUUUGCACAUGCGCAGCUGCUAUUGCAUGUUUAAAGGGAAAGAUUGUGACUCAUUCAACUAAACGGUGGCUUAACAGAAUGUAUGGCUAGCCCAGACAAUUCAGUAAUAUACAGUGUCCCACAAAUGAACAAAAAUCAUUUAUGCACAGGAAAAGUCAUGAUAUUUGAAUAUCUUUUCAGUCACUACCAGAAUAUUUUUGGCUCUAAGCAUGCCAAAAAAACCCCAAAUGAUUUAUACUGUAAGUAAUUUUCAGGUUUUAAGUCUGCACUACAAGAGUGAUCAGUGGGGAAAAAAACAUACACAGUCACAAAACUGGAUGUUUAAUUUUUGGUUGAAGCUCUGCUUAAAGCCUCACUGCAUGCGAAAGGUCCAUAUUCCAGAAAUUAGGGAGAGCAUGAAAAAAAUUCUGUUGCUGAAGGUGAAUGAACACUGAACUGUCAUUGGUAAAUGACAGUUAAUGCAGCUAAUUUUGGUUUUUGGCUGCCACAUUGACAAUCAGAUGAGGGAAAACCUCAAAUGGGCCACUGAAGGUCAUUUCAGUUUUACAUUACAUCUUACUAAAUACUGUGAGCAGACACAUUGUUUUACUGUUUACACUUUUCAGUGAAAAACCUUUGAAUCACUGCAAAAUCAUUGCAAAUAUUUCGUGGUGGGUCAGAGCUACUUGGUUGUAUGUGGUUGAGUCUGGAAUGACUGUGCUUUGAAAUGCAUCUGUAUGGGAACAAAGGUUACAGAGAAAUGGUUCUAUAAAAUAAAUUGGUUCUGCCAAAAAAAAAAAAGUAGUUACAGGAUGACACUCCUGGUCUGUAUUUUGAUACCUGCAUAGCUGUCUAAUGGACUUCACUGUUGGCUUCAUACGGUGGCCACACUUCAGUCUGUGGUGAAGAUGGCAUAUAUGAGAUUUCACUUCAGUCAUGUAGAUGAUAGUACAGGUUGAGAAAAGUCCUCUCUUGUUGAUCUAGUAUGCAUUAUAUCGACAUCCGCUACUAAGCAGUCUUUUCCCUCUGGACUGAACAUUUCAGUUGUUAAUUUUUUCAAAGUUUAGACAAUAACCAUUCUUUAAUGUGUUCCCACAUUGUGGACUGAUUGUGUGAUGUGUAUUUUUUUUUCAUGCCACACUGCUGCUGAUGUUUUAUGUACUGCUUUCUUUAUUUUUGUGGCAUCUGAGAAUAUCUAAUAUAUAUAAAUAUAUAUUUAUGUAUUUAUUUUCAUUGUUUGUGACAAGCUAAAGAGAACUAUGUGAAUAGUGCUUUUACAAUGUUUAAACUGGGGUUUAUUUUCACCAAAGUCAUGUUCUUAAAAAUGAAUAAACCUGUGUAGAACUCCA